CAACCUACCUACCUUAAUUCUUAGCCUUCCAUCUCCUUACUAAGUAUACGUUAUAUAUUGGAAUUCAUCUCCUCCAUGAAAACUCAGCACAUCAAUCACUCUACAUAAAUGGCAAAAAGAGAGUAUUUUUGGGGCAUUUACAAAUUCCGUAGCAUUCUUGGAACAACUCUUCAUUGCAAUAGAGCAUCCUGCACUACCUACUUGUCUAAUGGUCGUCAAGGACAUGAGGUUUCUGCUCCGACAGCAGUAUCAAAUAUGUUUGGGCAUGCAUCGUGGUUAUUCGGCGAAUAAUCCCUUAGGCUUGCGGUUAUUUAGCAGCACCAACAACAAACCAUGGACAAAACUUGAGCAACCACUGCCUACUACAACUUCUUCUAGGCGCACCAUCUCUAAUUGGGUAAGAUGGAUUUUGGGCUCCCUUUUGUCAAUUUUGAUUCCUGUUUGGACGCACAAGUACUGGGAAAAUCUGCAAAUGAUUGAAGGGGAGGCAGAGGUGGUGAUGGAAGAGGUUGACAAUGUAGCAAAAGUCGUAGAAAGAGUGGCAACUGUGGCUGAGAAGGUGUCAGCCGAUGUGGCUGAUAAACUUCCAACUAAUCAUACAAGACUAAAAGAAAUUGCUUUGCUGAUUGAACGAGUAUCCGAACUGGCUGCUCAAGAUGCUCAACUAACACAAGAUUUUAUUCACAAGGUGGAUUCACUGAAGCAAGACCUGGGAGACUUAAAGACACUGGUGGAGCCAGUUGUUGAUAAGAUAGAAAACUAUGAAUUUCAUGGAAACUACUCUCCAGUUUCUACAAAAGAACAAAAUUAAAGGAAACGUCGUAUAUAUAUGCAUGCAUCUAUUGUAGUUGUACUAUGUCGACUUGCAUGGCAAUCUUAUUACACGUGUCUUUACAACUUUUUACAAUCAUCACCAUGAAUAAAACCUUUUCAAAUAUCUCUUUUAAUCAUAUAUUGAGAGAAGCUAAGUUCUUGAUAGAUGUAGUUGCAAAAAGGGGUCAAUCCUUGCAAGACGAUUGAUUAAGGGAGGGAGUAUGGUAACAGACUAACAGCUUUACUAGCGUUUAAUUUUGAUUUAUAUAGUUACGG